GUAAUUUUUUUCGCUUUAUUUUUCCCUUUUAGAUGAAUACAUAUUUCAUGUCUUGAAUUAUGAUUAUUGUCAUUAUUUUUCUUAUACCAAUAAAAUGUCGUGUGAUAUGUUUUUAAAAUUUACUAGCAUGUACUUUUAAUAGGAAUAAAUAAAUAUUUGUUAAUUUAUUUUUUAUAUUCAGGCUCAAUGAAUAGAGAAAGUGGAAGUUCGAUGUAUAGGCAACAUAAAGAAAAUGGUAAAGGAUUGACAGAUGAGUUUAUUAAUGGAGUUGAUGAAUUUAUUAGUUUUACACAAAGGCAAACACGAUACACAGAUGGAAAUAAAAUAAGAUGUCCAUGUACACAGUGUAAAAAUGCCAAGUUUGUUGAUGCUGAAAAUGUGUGUUGGGAUUUACGAAGUAUAUACGAAUGGUUUUAUCAAUAAGUAUUACAAUUAGACUUCUCAAGGAGAACCGCACAAUACAUGUAUUUUGCCACAACCCUUAGGAACAUCUAACUAUGUUCCUAAUGAGAUGGCUAGUUGGGGAAAUUAUGAAAAAAUGCCAUGGGAUCAAAGAAUGGUUUAUGAUUUGGUCGACCCUUCAACAUUUCACAAUACCCAACCAGAUAAUGUUUUCAUCCCACACAGUAAUGUGAAUGAGGAACCAAGUUCAUCUUAUUAUGACGUAGUUGCGCUAGGCACUAGAUUUCAAGAAGUUCUCAAAAGUGCAAAUCAACCUCUGUAUUAUGAUUGUGAUGGUGAUUCGCAGUUAUCAACGGUUUCUUAAUUUCUGAAUAUAAUGACGCGCUUCAAUUAUGUGAACAAUUAGUGAUUUUCCAGCAUACGGAACGCUUUCUGGCUGGAGCACCACAUGCUUGAUAGGGUGUCCUAUUUGUAUGGAGAAGUCAAAUGCAUUUUGGCUCAAGAAUAGCCGCAAUCUAUAUUACUUUGAUUGUCAUCGAAGAUUCCUCCCUCAGAACCAUCCAUAUCGAAAGGAUAAAAAGUCAUUUCUUGAUGGGUACACAUUGAACUUCCAUAGAUAUGUUGACUUAGAGAAGUUGUCAAUGAUGACUAUGAAGAGCCAUGAUUAUCAUGUAAUCAUGCAGAGAUUACUUGUUGUUGCUCUCAAGGAAAAUCUUCCGGAUAAUGUAUGAGCAUGCAUUAGUGAUGUUUGUCAAUUGUUUCAGUUAAUAUGCUCUCCUGUAUUAAACCGAACUGCACUGGAGGAGCUUCACCGUAAUGCUGCCACUAUAAUGUGUAAUCUGUAAUAUUUUUCUCUUUCUGUUUUGAAAGAGAAGUCAUGACUAAAUGAAAAAGACCUGCCAGAAAUGACGAUAUUGAUCUGGGAUUGUAUGAGCAAAUAUUUCAAUCUUCAACUAUCCUAGCAAAGGUUAUGGUAGAAGAACGUGCCGUCAUGUUGUGGAAGAUGAGUUCCGAAUUGCACACACCUACAUUUUGAUGAACUAUGCAGAAAUGUUUCAAUGUUGCCACUUCGGGCCUCAUUCACUCUUUGGAGAAAUUGGGAGAAAAGAUCAGAUGGCCUUGAAAGACGGACAAACCAGCAGGCCGUCGCGACCCGAAUAAGCGUUGUGAUUUCCACAGCGACAUCGGACACAACACGGAAGAUUGCGUCGCGUUGAGAAAGGAGGUGGCCUAUUUGCGGAAAAAUGGUUAUCUGACAGAGAUCAUGUCUAAACGCACCAAAUCACUGUUAGGAUGAAAUGAUAAAGCGUCACCGAAUGAGUCUCGGCCACCUUCACCUUCUGCGCCGCGUAAGGUAAUCAACUUUAUUAAUGGUGGAUCUGAUUUAUGUGGACUAACGUAUUCUGCAGCAAAGAGACACGCCCGGGAUUACACCCGAGACAAGUCGUUACAGGCCUACAGGAUCGGAAAACGUCAAGAGGAAUGGAAGAAUGCGUCAAUCACAUUUGAUGAAACGGAUAUUUCUGAUCCGGUACAAUCUCAUCACGAUACGUUGGUGAUCUCCCUCAGAGUGGAAAACUGCGAAGUCAAACGAGUCCUCGUAGACAACGGAAGAACCGAAAAUAUUACCACCAUGAAAAUGUUGAAAGAACUGGGAGCUAAGGAGGAAGAUAUAACAUGAUCUGGGUCAAGCUUGGUCGGAUUCAAUGGGGAGCCAAGCAGAACCCUAGGUAAUAUUUCGUUACCCGUAUAUACCCAUGGGUUAAAUGUGCAGGUCAAGUUUGACGUACUCGAAAGCCUACCAGCAUACAACAUGAUCUUGGGAACUCCUUGGUUGCAUCAAAUGGGGGCAAUUCCGUCAACUUAUCAUCAAAUAAUCAAAUUCCCAACGCCAUGGGGAGUGCAAAGUGUAAGGAAUAUUUGUAAUUAGAUUUUGAUGAUGCUAUAUUAAUUAGGACUUUAAAGUUCCCCUUUUAGAAAUUAUGUAUUAGAAUUUUCCUUUGUAAAGUUCUUAGCUUAAUCGACUACCAGAAGGCCUCCACACCAGAAGACCUCUUGACAGAAGAUCUUUUAUUCUCUGCCGAGGAACAGAAAACCUCAGGGUCUCUGUUAGCCUUUUCCAUGACAGAAACCCUCCUGGUUCUCUGUAAGCUUUUAUCAACAGAAGUGCUCAAGACCUUCUCUGAUCAGUUCUCUGCUAAAGACACCUGAAGGCCUGACACUUGGAAGAAAUCCACAAAGCCGGGAAAUCAACUGAAAGAUUCCUUCAACGGCUAGGAGUAUAGAACGGAAAAGCUACAGUACGCGCAUUAAAUGCACAUUUAAUGCUCCCCAUGCUCCGUGGAGUAAUUGCAGAUGAUUGGCCGCAAUGUCAGGAUUACUUUAUCCCAAAAUAGUAAACCGCCAACUUUACCGGGUCCUACUGGUCAAGUCAACUGCUCGGGCAUUAAAUGCAGUUGUCCUCCUUCACCUCCAACGGGUAGACAACCCUCAGUAUAAAAGAUACACUUCGAAGAACAACCGGAUAACUUUUGCUCUACUAACUUUGCCAACUUCACCACACUCUUUGCAAGAAAAACACAUUCAAAUCAUUCAAGGCAAAAAGGUCCUCUUGAGAUUCAAACUCUUCAUCCUCAACAAGAGUGACACAAGUUGGAAAGAAUAUACAUUCCUAUCAUAUAAUCCAACUAGAGAAAGGUUCCAAAAGUUCUUCAACAAAUUCAAGCACUUCAUCUACAUAUCUUUUGUAACGAAGCAAGUUGGAGGAACCCCUGUUUCAACAGAAACUCUUCUUGUUACAAGAAGGACGUCCAAGUAACUGGAGUAAGUGAAGUGGUGAUAUUUCCAGGAAGCUCAGUGAAAGGAUCAGUCUUAAAGGAAGCCAGGCAGUGCAUCCCAGGAGACAUCUAGGCUUGAAGAAGACGUGGAUAGCUUCUUAAGUGCUAGGACUAAGGAGUUGUAAACGGUCGUUUUUACAAGCUUAGUGGAACAGUGGAUUAGAGGAACGAGUUGUUCCUUGAACCACUAUGAAAAUCCCUGGUGUCAUUUACUUACUGCUUUAAAUAUUUGCACUUAGAUAGAACUGUCUAACUCCUUAGACUUGGUAUCUGUGUUCAGCAGAACUUGCCUUACGAGUUAACAGAAGGCCUACUGCCUUUGCUUUUCUGAGGCUAAAUCAACAGAACCCCUACCAGAACCCCAUCCGCUGCCAGUCUGUUCUGUCAACAGAACCAGCUAUUCUGUAAAAUCUGGUACUUAGUUUAAAAAGCUAAAAACCAAUACAGUCUAUUCACCCCCCCUCUAGACUGUAUCCAGUACAACCGGGACCAACAAGUGGUAUCAGAGCCUCCUUGUUCUAAUAAUCUCUUAGGUUAUUUGCUGAACAAAGAUCCACUUGUUUUUCUGUUUGACCUCAUUUUUAUCUGAUAUAAUGGAUCACUCCUUGUCCAAGAAUCUUAUGUUCUCAGAUCUUAAGUUUGAUGACUGGAGGAUCCGGAUGAAAGCGCAUCUUUGUGCCCUGCAUGAUGAGAUGUGGGAAGUUCUUGAUAUUGGACCUUUCACAAGCUUCCAAAAGGUCAAUCCUGAGCAUGCUAUUGACAACACCAGACCCCAUAUGAUUAGUAAAGCCAAGUCAGAAUGGACCACUGAAGAGAGAAGAAAAUAUAACCUGGACAAUAUUGCUAAGGACAUCCUCUACAAGUCCAUUGAUGACAGGAGAUUCAAAAAGUUUAUGAAGAAUCCCAAAGAUGGAAGGAGUCCAUCUUUCAACAGAAAGCCAUACCAGAAGGUCAAAUCAACAGAGAGCAGUGGAGAACUUCUCUGUUACAAUUGCAGACAACCCGGUCACUUCAAGGCUGACUGUCCCCAUCCAAGGGUGUCCAAGAAACAAGGACAAGAUGGAGAAAAGAAGAAGUAUGAAGACAGCUCCAGAAAGAGAAAGGCACUUGUGACAGAACAACUAGAGAAAGACCCUAUGUCAGAAACAGAAUCCAGUUCUGACUCAGAUUCUGAUGAGGCAUUCUGUUGCCUAGAUACAGAGACAGAAGACCUAUGCCUCAUGGCUCAUUCUGAUGAUGAGGUAACCUCUACUUCUGAAUCUAGUUUUUCUUCGGUAGGCUUAGCUUUUGAUUCUGAUUCAAUGUCAGAAUUUUGGGAAGAGUUUAAGGCCAUACAAGCCAAUUAUUCCUCUGUAACAGAAGAAAACAGUAAGUUAAAAGCUGAGAUUCUUGACUUAAAGAAGGAGGUUGAGAUCAAAAUCAAUCUUCUAAUUAAGGAAAGAGAUCAACUGGAGACUGAAAAUGUUUCUCUUCUCAAGAGAAUAAGAGAAAUAGAGCCUCUCGAGAUUAAGUACAAAGCUUACCAGAAGGCCCAGUCUUCCAUGGAAAAGAUUGUACUUGAUCAACAGAUUGGCACUGGUUUUGGUCUUAGUUAUGGCUCAACAGAAUCAGGUGAGCCUUCUGUAAUGCCUAGCACCAGAGUUGCUAAGGCAGACAAGGUCAUAGUGCCACUGAUUUCUAGCCCCAUCUGUCAAGCUGGUGUAUCUGGCACCAAGAUUGUUCAUGAGGAAGUCAGACCAGAAAAGGGAAAGAUAAAGGUUCAACAGAAACCCUUUUUGAAAAAUAAUGAACCUGGCAGAAAACCUAACAACAGAAAAGGUUUUCAAGAUAACAAAAAUAAAAGACCAUUCAUUGACAGACAACCUCAUGUCAAUCGUGCCAGAGAUGAUCACCAGAAGGGCAAAUAUCAAGAGAGAGUUAACUUCAGGCAAAUGAGGUUGGCUGGUCAACUUCAGAAGCCCAAGGCUAACCGUCCCUCUGCUCUUGAUAGUAUAUGGGACUUCUUUCCAACAAAGAAAGCUAUGCAAAAGUAUGUAAACAGGAAGCAUGACCCUCACAAGCAUCUGCCCAAAGUGAAUCACACUUCAAUUUACUAUAACUACCAGGUGGACAAUGGGUACCACCCACCAAGGUUUCACUUGAUGAGACCAAAAUGGUACCAACUACCCAGACUCCAUGACCCCCCAGGACCCAGCAUUGCUUGGGUACCUAAAUCUUUCUUUUAAUUUUGCAGGAACUGUGUGCUGGAGCUAUCUCUGAACAAGAAUGGUUUAUUGAUAGUGGAUGCUCCAGGCACAUGACAGGUGACAGAAGUUGCCUAACUGAGUUUCAGAAAUGCAAAGGACCUAGAGUUACCUUUGGAGGUAAUGACAAAGAAGGUCAAACAAAAGGAAGAGGAAAGCUGAUCAAGAACCAGAUAAUCAUUGAUGAUGUCUCUUAUGUCAAAGGACUGAAGUUCAACUUGCUGAGUGCUAGCCAAUUCUGUGACAAAGGCUACACUGUUGAAUUCACAAAGGACUUCUGUUAUGUGAAGCAUGAGACAACAAAGGAAGUGGUUCUUACAGCAUCAAGAAAGAAGAACAUCUAUGUAGUUGAUUGGAACACAGCAAAGGAUGGAGUUUGCCUGAUAGCCAAAGGAGAUUCAAAACUGAGCUGGGACUGGCACAAAAAGCUCAACCAUUUGAAUUUCAAAACAAUCAACAAACUGGCCAGAGAACACAUUGUAGAAGGGCUACCAGACAUUGUGUACAAGAAGGAGACCCUCUGCAGUGCAUGUCAGAAGGGCAAACAAGUGAAGAAUUCCUUCAAACCCAUUGCUGGAGAUCUUUCUACAAGUCCUCUAAAUCUGAUCCACAUGGAUUUAUUUGGACCUGUUGAGACUCCAAGCGUUGGUGGAAAGAAAUACACCUUAGUCAUGGUUGAUGACUAUUCCAGAUAUACAUGGACUAUCUUUCUAUCAAAGAAGAAUGAAACUCUUCAGAAGUUGCCAUCUCUGUUAAAGCAACUUCAGACUGAGAAGAACUUGAAAGUGAAGACAAUCAGGUCAGACAGAGGAACUGAAUUUGUCAACCAAGUUAUAAAAGACUUCUGUGAUCAGAAUGGGACUUUUCAUCAACUAUAUGCCGCCAGAACCCCUCAACAGAAUGGCGUAGCAGAAAGAAGGAACAGAACUUUAAAAGAAGCUGCAAGGACAAUGUUUGCUGAAUCUGGUUUGCCUAUGAGAUAUUGGGCUGAAGGAAUCAACACUGCAUGCUAUACUCAGAACAGAAGCAUGAUCAACAAGAAUCACCAGAAGACCCCUUAUGAACUCUGGAAAGGAAGAAAACCCAACAUCUGCUACUUUCAUGUAUUUGGAUGCAAGUGCUACAUUCUUAACAAUGGAAAGGAACAUCUGAAAGUCUUUCAAGAGAAGGCUGAUGAAGGAGUCUUUAUAGGUUAUUCAAACACCAGUAAAGCCUAUAGAGUACUCAACAGAAGGACCCUACAUGUUGAAGAAUGUAUACAUGUGAAGUUUGAUGAAAGCAUCUCUGUUAAGGAGGUAACAGAGACCCUCAAGGAAGUGAGCAUAGAAGACAGAACACCAGAACCAACAGAAGAGGUAGCAGACAACCCUGCAUUUCCAACACCUGCACCAAACCCCUUUCUGUUGAAUGAAGAUGAAGACUCUGAAGAUGAGGAACCAGAGAGACCAAGACAACAGCUGACAGAACCUGACCUAACAUGGUUAAGAGAUCAUCCAUCUAACCAAGUGAUUGGUCAAAUCAGAAGUGGAGUUCAAUCCAGAUCCACAUCAAGAAUAGAAGCUAUGCUUGCCUGCUAUAUAUCUCAAAUGGAACCCAUGACUGUUGAAGAAGCUCUUGCAGACUCAGAUUGGAUCAAUGCUAUGCAAGAAGAGCUUACUCAGUUUGAAAGGAACAAAGUAUGGGAACUUGUUCCUAGGCCAAAGCACCAGAAUGUCAUUGGAACCAAAUGGGUAUUCAAGAACAAGGCUGAUGAAGAUGGCAACAUUGUAAGGAAUAAAGCAAGGCUGGUAGCAAAAGGUUAUUGCCAAGAAGAAGGAAUUGAUUUUGAUGAGACCUUUGCACCAGUUGCCAGACUUGAAGCCAUCAGAAUCUUUCUAGCCUAUGCUGCUCACAACAACAUCAAGGUCUACCAGAUGGAUGUCAAGAGUGCAUUUCUAAAUGGAGAUCUUGAAGAAGAAGUUUAUGUGGAACAACCACCAGAUUUUGUCAUUCCUACUCAAUCCUCUUGUGACUACAAGCUUAAAAAGGCCCUAUAUGGUCUUAAGCAAGCUCCCAGAGCCUGGUAUGACACAUUGUCCCUUUUCCUAGUGAACCAUGGGUUUACUAAAGGAAAGGUUGACAAAACUCUAUUUCAAAUCUCUGUUGCUAAUCAUAUUCUGUUAGUACAAAUAUAUGUUGAUGAUAUUAUAUUUGGUAGUACUAAUCCAGAACUAUGCAAGAAAUUUUCUCAAGUGAUGCAGAGUCAAUUUGAAAUGAGUAUGAUGGGAGAACUAAGCUACUUCCUAGGUCUUCAAGUGAAACAAAUUCCAGAAGGAAUCUUCAUCAACCAAGGAAAGUACACCAGAGAUCUAAUCAAGAAGUUUGCAGUGGAAGGCAAAUCAUCAGUGAAGAUUCCCAUGAACACUUCACAAGGAAUUGGUCCAGAUGAUGAAGGAAAGGAUGUAGAUGCAACAACAUAUAGAGGAAUCAUAGGAUCUCUGUUGUAUCUUACUGCAAGCAGACCAGACAUCUCAUUCUCUGUUGGAAUCUGUGCCAGAUACCAAUCAAAGCCCAAGGAAAGCCAUCUAAGUGCUGCAAAGAGAAUCAUCAGAUACAUCAAAGGAAAUCCAAAUGCAGGCCUAUGGUACCCCAAGGGAGGUAACUUUGAACUAAUUGGUUACUCUGACUCAGAUUUUGCAGGUUGCAGAUUGGACAGGAAGAGCACCUCUGGUCAUUGCCAAUUGGUAGGAGGAAGACUUGUUUCCUGGUUUAGCAAGAAGCAGAAUUCAAUCUCAACAAGUACAGCUGAAGCUGAGUACAUUGCAGCUGGGAGUUGCUGUGCUCAGUUACUCUGGAUGAAGCAACAACUGAAGGAUUAUGGAAUUCAAGUAAAGGAGAUCAAGAUGUUGUGUGACAACACCAGUGCCAUUGCUAUCUCUCAGAAUCCAGUUCUUCAUUCUAGGACAAAGCACAUUGAGAUCAGACAUCACUUCAUCAGAGAUCAUGUUGAGAAGAAGCACAUAUGCAUGGAGCAUGUGCCAACAGAAGACCAGCUAGCAGAUAUUCUGACAAAGCCUCUUCCUGAGGCUAGGUUCAACAAACUGAGAGAGGAUUUGGGAAUGAUGGAUGAAAUUCCAAGGGAAAGUUGAAAAGGAAGGCCCUCUGUUGCUAAAUUUCUGUUAAUAGAAUACCUAUUGAAGAACCCCUUAUGUUAACCCCUUCUGUUCUCUACCCUGGCAGAACACCUCAGCAACAGAAACCCUUUAAACAGAAAGCCUCCUCUUAUGUCUAUCAGAAGGUUGUGGACUUAGAAAAAUCUGAAAACCGGGUGACCUAGUAAAUGAUUAAAGAUAUUUUACCCUUUUACCCUUAAAACGGUAUCCAGCCGCAAAAUAUUUACUGCGCCCCUUUUUACAUUUAUUGGUAUCUUGGAACCGUAAAUAAUUCCAAGCGUCCACUAACCCAAACUCAUAAAUUCCCCUUUCGCAAACCUAAACUGUUACUGCUUUCAUUACUCUCAAACUCUCAAACCUCCAUAGCUCUCAAGCUCUCUGCAAACUUUCUCUGCUCAAAUGGCUUUCAUCAACAUUAAUGACCUCACCAAGGAGGAAAUCAACACCCUAGUUUCAAACAUCUACACAGGAAUGAACUGCGACCUCUCCGCACUCCCUGAACUCGCUGCAAAUCAUGAAACGAUGAUGAAAAUCAUCAAGGGAAUGGAGGACUCGCAACUGAACAAAGUAGUAGGAUAUCACUUUGAUUCCUACAGCACAAGGGACGUAGCAGAGUUUUAUCUCAACGCUACAUACGAAGGGGAGACCAUUCGGUCAAACGUCAAUGGUGAGAACAUAACUCUCACUCCUGAAGAUCUCAACGCCCUGUUUGGCGUAGCGGAGGACCCUCAAGAAGAAGAAACUGAAAGUUUCUUAACUCUGGACAGUGUCAAGGUCACUGUGGACAAUUUUGUCCAACUCUACUGCCGACCUGAAGUGAGUAGAGUUCCCAAACUUUACAUGAAGAAGAACCACCUCCUUCUGAGCGAUUAUGAGAAGCUGGUGAACAUUCUUCACAGGUGUGUCUGGAGCAAGAGCACCUCCACCGAUGACAUGAAUGUACUCAUUGCAAAAGCUGUCUUUGCAGUUCAUCAUGGGAUGAACAUCAACUGGGGACAGGUAAUUGUCAAAUCCCUUGUUGAAUUCAUCAAAAAGAAAGACAAAGAGACCGGACUGUUCAAAACCCCCAUGGGUUAUGGUCUCUUAAUCUCUGAAACCUUGCUCAAGGCAAGGAUAGGGCUGAGAAAUCCUACUGAGGCAGACUACACCAAGUUUCUCUUCCUCAACACCUCCAAUGACAGGAAGAUUGCUCUCAAGGCAGAGCAGAAAAGGCUCAGAACUCUUGAGUUCAACAGAGAAAGGCAACAACAGAAGGUUGUUCAGCCAAAGAAAGUCACCAAGAAGCAACAGAAACCCCCUACUUCUUCUGAUUCUGAAGAAGAAAUGCCUUUGGUGAAGAAGGUGGUCAAGAAGGUUCCCAAAAAGAAGACCACACCUGUCAAAGUCCACAAGCUGGUGGCAAAGAAAUCCGUUCUGAAGAGAAAGGCACCUUCCCCUAUCUCAACAGAAAGCACCCCCACUGCCUCUCCCAUUGCAAAGAAGGCAAAGGUUCUGACACCUGCAGCACAGGAAAAGCUGGAGGAUUCUGUCACCUCUGCCCCAGCCAACAGAAAUGCUUGGCAAAGCAAGAGGAUUGUCUUUGAGUCAAGUGACUCAGAAGAAGAAGUAGUGGUGCAGGAUGCCACUACUCAGGAGGAACCACACUUCUCUCCUCCUGCCUCUACAAAUGAUCAACCUCUGGUGGUUUCUUCACCAGAACACCAAGAAGAUAGCAGAAUUUCAAGCUCUGCAGAACCCCUACUGAACAACUUCUCUGCCCUUGAUAGGGAAUUCGUCAGGGUUCUGGCAUGGAGAAAGUGGAGAGUGGGACCUCUCACUGAGCUACUGAAGAACUUGUCCCACUUCAUCUCUGAGGAAGAUGAAGUACUCCGAUGGGCUGACACAGAAGAUGUGGAACAAUGCCUGAAUAAAGACUUCCUUCUUUCUGUCCUACAGAAAAAGAAGGAGAAACACCAAGGAAAGGCUCCUCUGUUCAAGAACUCACCAGAAGACCAUGUGAAGGCUCUUCAAGAGCAUGAGAUGGAUGAUUUUGAUGCUUGGUUUGUUGAGAAGAAGAGGAAGGAGUCAAUGAUCAAGUUUCGACACAGUGCACAUGGAGAAGGUGAACCCUCCACUGCAAAUAACCUACCCUUGGUCAUGGAGAAGCUUAUCAAAGAAUGGAGGGAUUCUCUGUUCACAGAAACUGUACUAGAGGUAAUUCCCACAACCAUCCCUUCUCCCCCUCCCUCUCCUAAAAUCACUUCACCUCAACCCCAACAGAAAUCCCCCUCACCCUCAUAGAAAACCAUCUCCAGACAUAACACCUCCUCACCUCAUCAGAAACCCUCUUCUGCACAGAAAACCCCUACACCCCAGAAACCCUCCACCCCCAAAUCUUUAUCUCUUUCACCCUGCAAACCGUUCUCUCCUCCAAAGAACAGAUCCCCAUCCCCACCUCCUUCCCCUCAAAGACAAAUUAUCCAAUACCAACCCCCACAGAUCAUUUCUUCAUCACCACCACCUCAACAGAAAUCCCCUUCACCUACCAAGUCUGAACAUGCAGAAACUCCUCAAGACUCCCAUCCACCACACCAACCUGCUGCUCAGCUGAAACCUGAAUGGUUUCUUAGAGAUUCUGAUCCUACAACCAUCUCUCCCAUUCCUGCACCACAAGGGUAUUCCAGGCACUCUACUGCCCCCAAUCCCUCCCUCAGGAAGAAGAAGAAGAAGGUGAUCAGAAACAUGAUAGCAAUCUACUCCUCAUCUGAGGACUCUUCUGACAUGGAUGGAUUCAUGAUCAGCAAAUCCUACAAAGCCACUUCAAAGAAACAGAAGACCCCUCCUCUGACUCAACUUGAACAUGAACUCAUUGUUGAAUCUCUCUCCUCUGUCCAAGAACAUCACCUCUUGCCUAAGGGAAGAGGUCUAGAGAUGCCUCCAUCUGAUGGACAAGAGAACCAAAUUCCUUUCAACAAGUUCGUUGAAGCAGCUGAAGACUUUGGUGGCCAACUCCUCCAUUGCAUGAACAAGUUGAUACAGAUCAAUGACAAGCAUUAUGGGCACCUUGCUCAUGUGAAUGAUAAUCUCAACUCUGGGAUGCAGUUUAUCUCAGAUCGCUUUGAGAAUCUGACAACAUCUCUCAACGACUUCAUGGCUUCCUCAACUGCUAAAACAGAUACACUGUCAAGGGAAGUGGAAGGUAUCCAUAAGACCCUCUUCACAUUUCAUCAGACUCUAAUAGCUCAGGGAAAAGCUAUUGAAACAAUCUCCUCAAAUAUUGAUGAACUUCAAUGGGCUGAUACAAAGACAAAAGAACAGCUACUGGACAUAGAGGAACUGUGCAAAGUCCAUCGUGAUCAAGCCAGAACUCUAUUUUCUCAAGACAAAGAGAGAUACCAGAAGAUGGUUCUCUUAGAAGCCAGCAAUAAAGAUAUCCUGUCUGCAAUUCAGAAGCAACAUGGGCUUAUUGAAGGUCUUACAUCUGUGACUCAGACCUUACCAGAAACCCUGGAACAGAUUGCCUCUACUCAGGCCACAGAAUUCCAGAAACUCUCCCUUCUGCUUGGUGAUCUAGAUGAUGCCAAAAAGGGGGAAGAAGGCCCUCAUCUAUCAAAACCCAGGACCACCAGAACCUCAACAUCUGCUGAACCAAGUGUGGAUCCCACACCUUACUUUGAAGCUGCCCUUCAGAAGAAAAGGCUAGCUGGUAUCCCUAGACCUCCAUCCCCACUGAAGAAAGGAUCUAAGAAGAAGAAAGCUCUAAGCUUUAAAGAAUGUAGACUGGGAGGAUCUCAGGUAAUGACUGCUACACAAUUUGAUGAAAUGGAGCAGAAGAUGACCUCUACACAGCAACAGAAUAUGUAUUUGGACCAUGAUGGCCAUGUGAAGGUCAAACAUGGUGGAUCUCUGGAAGAAGCAGAAUUCUGGUUUCACAACAAUAUUUUACCAGGAAGAGAUAUCCAUGAAGGUGUUCUUAACUACUUAGACUGCAAACUCUCACCUGUCUGGGCCUCUUAUCAAAGAACUGGAAAUCUGGCUGGAAUCAGAAAAGAGGUGAAUGCAGAACUAAAGAGACUACAAGGACUGGAUGAACAAGUAAGAGCUGAAGCUGCAAAGGCUAUUAUGUAAUCAGACACUCUUGUAAUCCACCUUAACAAAAGAACAUCUCUGCCUCACACUUUGUAAGGCAAUUCCUCAUUCUCUGUCUUUUCUUUACUUUCUGUUUGUGUUUGUUUGUUUGCUUUUUGAUUUAUUAUUUGCUAUCUGAAUGUACUGCACUCUUACUAUUUUCCUAUGCCAAGUUGCCCACCAAGAUUUUAAUGAAAAGUUCUAAACUUUAAUUCUUUAUGGUGAAGGCACUUCUCUGGAAAUAGUUAAAGGGUUUUGGCAUCAUCAAAAGGGGGAAAUUGUAAGGAAUAUUUGUAAUUAGAUUUUGAUGAUGCUAUAUUAAUUAGGACUUUAAAGUACCCCUUUUAGAAAUUAUGUAUUAGAAUUUUCCUUUGUAAAGUUCUUAGCUUAAUCGACUACCAGAAGGCCUCCACACCAGAAGACCUCUUGACAGAAGAUCUUUUAUUCUCAGCCGAGGAACAGAAAACCUCAGGGUCUAUGUUAGCCUUUUCCAUGACAGAAACCCUCCUGGUUCUCUGUAAGCUUUUAUCAACAGAAGUGCUCAAGACCUUCUCUGAUCAGUUCUCUGCUAAAGACACCAGAAGGCCUGACACUUGGAAGAAAUCCACAAAGCCGGGAAAUCAACUGAAAGAUUCCUUCAACGGCUAGGAGUAUAGAACGGAAAAGCUACAGUACGCGCAUUAAAUGCACAUUUAAUGCUCCCCAUGCUCCGUGGAGUAAUUGCAGAUGAUUGGCCGCAAUGUCAGGAUUACUUUAUCCCAAAAUAGUAACCCGCCAACUUUACCGGGUCCUACUGGUCAAGUCAACUGCUCGGGCAUUAAAUGCAGUUGUCCUCCUUCACCUCCAACGGGAAGACAACCCUCAGUAUAAAAGAUACACUUCGAAGAACAACCGGAUAACUUUUGCUCUACUAACUUUGCCAACUUCACCACACUCUUUGCAAGAAAAACACAUUCAAAUCAUUCAAGGCAAAAAGGUCCUCUUGAGAUUCAAACUCUUCAUCCUCAACAAGAGUGACACAAGUUGGAAAGAAUAUACAUUCCUAUCAUAUAAUCCAACUAGAGCAAGGUUCCAAAAGUUCUUCAACAACUUCAAGCACUUCAUCUACAUAUCUUUUGUAACGAAGCAAGUUGGAGGAACCCCUGUUUCAACAGAAACUCUUCUUGUUACAAGAAGGACGUCCAAGUAACUGGAGUAAGUGAAGUGGUGAUAUUUCCAGGAAGCUCAGUGAAAGGACCAGUCUGAAAGGAAGCCAGGCAGUGCAUCCCAGGAGACAUCUAGGCUUGAAGAAGACGUGGAGAGCUUCUUAAGUGCUAGGACUAAGGAGUUGUAAACGGUCGUUUUUACAAGCUUAGUGGAACAGUGGAUUAGAGGAACGAGUUGUUCCUUGAACCACUACAAAAAUCCCUGGUGUCAUUUACUUACUGCUUUAAAUAUUUGCACUUAGAUAGAACUGUCUAACUCCUUAGACUUGGUAUCUGUGUUCAGCAGAACUUGCCUUACGAGUUAACAGAAGGCCUACUGCCUUUGCUUUUCUGAGGCUAAAUCAACAGAACCCCCUACCAGAACCCCAUCCGUUGCCAGUCUGUUCUGUCAACAGAACCGGCUAUUCUGUAAAAUCUGGUACUUAGUUUAAAAAGCUAAAAACCAAUACAGUCUAUUCACCCCCCCCCCUCUAGACUGUAUCCAGUACAACCGGGACCAACACAAAGCAUCAAGGGGGAUCAACAGUCGGCCAAAUCUUGCUACCAAACAGCGAUGAGGCCAACUGCGGACCAAACUACCUCGAAGAUCGCAUAGCAAUUAAAGGGUGGCCCCGCUCUGGUGGAAGAUGACGCCAAAACAAAAGAAGUCGCCAUCAACCCAGAACAUCCAGAAAGGGUCAUCCGCAUCGGGAAAGACAUGCCAAAGCACCUCAGAGACGAACGGAUAAACUUCCUCAAAGAACAUAAGGACGUGUUUGCAUGGAGUCACGACGACAUGACAGGUAUUGAUCCUAAUAUCAUAACUCACGGGUUAAACGUCAGACAUUGACGCAUUAGCUGACGCAUUACACAAACCCGUCAGACAGAAAAGAAGACGCUUUGCAAAAGAGAGGAAUGCCAUUAUAAACCAGGAAGUUGAUACGCUGCUUCGAACCGGAAAGGUAAAGGAGGUAAAAUAUACCGAUUGGUUAGCUAAUGUUGUUGUUGUCCAGAAAAAGAAAGGGCAGGAGGAAGGCAAGCCAGUCAAAUGGAGAGUCUGUGUGGACUUCACUGACCUAAACAAAGCAUGUCCCAAAGACUCAUUUCCGAUGCCACACAUUGACGCAUUAGGUGACGCUACGGCAGGGCACGAAAUGCUAUCCUUCAUGGACGCAUUCAGUGGUUAUCAUCAAAUACAACUUCACCCCGAUGACCAAGAAAGCACAGCCUUCAUCACGGAAACAGGUACGUAUUGUUAUGUUGUUAUGCCUUUUGGACUAAAAAAUGCAGGUGCGACGUUUCAGAGACUAGUCACCUUAAUGUUCAAAGAUCUGAUGGGGGACACCAUGGAAGUUUAUAUUGACGACAUGAUCGUCAAAUCAAAGAAAAAAGAGGAUCAUAUCUAUCACCUGACGGAACCCUUCAGAAGACUGAAGAAAUACAACCUGAAGAUCAAUCCAAUGAAAUGUACUUUUGGAGUGACGUCAGGGGAAUUUUUAGGAUAUAUCGUCAGUGAACGAGGAAUAGAGGCAAGCCCGGAACAAAUACGAGCAAUUAUUGACAUUGAAUCUCCAAAAUCCGUCAAAGAUGUCCAGAGGUUGAUAGGACGAGUCGCGGCUUUGAAUCGUUUCAUUUCGAAAUCAUCAGACAGGUGCCAUUUGUUUUAUGACGUCUUGAGAAAGAACAAAAAAUUCGAAUGGACAGAUCGGCACGAACAGGCGCUUCAGCAACUAAAAGAAUAUAUGAUGUCGCCACCAUUGCUCGCAAAACCCAAAAGUGACGAUGAACUGCAACUUUAUCUGGCCGUUUCAGAGCACGCCGUCAGUGCAGUACUGACAAAAGAGGAGCAGGGGCAGCAAACUCCAGUCUAUUACGUAAGUAAAUCCCUAAAUGGCCCGGAAUCCAGGUACGCUUUACUUGAAAAAUUAGUUUUAUCAUGAGGAAACCAGAAUUGACAGGUCGCAUGGCUAAAUGGCUGAUUCAACUUGGAGCUUAUGACAUAAGAUUCGAACCAAGAACAGCCUUGAAAUCACAGUCACUUGCAGAUUUUGUGGCGGACUUCAGUCCAAAGCUCCAAGAUGAGGCAGAAAAAGAGACUUGCACUCUGAUCGACGGAUUGCCAAAGCAAAAAUGGACAUUGCACACUCACGGAGCAUCAAACCAGAACGGCGCAGGUCUGGGCGUGGUACUGAAGUCACCACAAGGGGACACCAUGCUCCAAGCAGUACACUGUGAUUUCACCGCUACGAACAACGAGGCAGAGUACGAGGCGCUAAUCGUCGGACUCACAUUGGCAAGGGACUUGGGCAUCAAAAUCUUGGAGGUAAAAUGUGACUCUUUACUGAUAAUUAAUCAAACUAAUGGUGUGUAUGCAGAAAAGGACCCCAAGAUGACAUCUUAUUUCCAAAUUGUCCGAGAAUUGAUAACGGCAUUUGACGAGAUAACCCUUGAACAAGUCCCACGUGAAGAAAACACACAAGCUGACGCUCUGGCCGCCGUCGGAUCAUGUCUGGGGGCAGAAAUCAAUCGCAACAUCCCUUAUGUGCACUUGAUGAGCCCAGCAAUUUACAGAUCAGAGGUUGUCUCUCCCAUUGAAACCCCAGCACAAGACGACUGGACACAACAAUACAUAGCGUACUUAAUGCACAAUACUCUCCCAGAAGACAAGAAAGAGGCCAAGGCUUUCCUAUCCAAGGUAAGUAAAUUCCUACUAAUUGAUGGUGUACUAUUUAAAAGAUCUGUCGUAGGUCCAUAUCAAAGAUGUCUGACACCGCAAGAAGCCGCCAAAGUAUUGAAACACCUUCAUGAAAGGGAGUGUGGCAACCACACAGCCAGGCGAAGUCUGUCUAACAAAGCUCUUAGAUUCGGAUAUUACUGGCCAACCAUGAGAGAAGACGCAACCACUUUCACCCAAAGAUGCAAGCCUUGUCAGAUGCACGGACCAAUUUGUCAUCAGCCUUCUGAGUCGCUUCAUCCAGUCCUAUCACCAUGGCCCUUUAUGAAGUGGGGCAUGGAUAUCGUAGGAAAAUUGCCAGAAGCACCGAGGCAGAAAGUAUAUAUGCUGGCAAUGACGGAUUAUUUUUCAAAAUGGGUGGAGGCUGAGCCUUUUCGUCAGAUACGAGAUGACCAGGUAAUUUCGUUUAUCAAAAGAAACAUCCUUUGCAGGUUCGGCGUUCCUUCAGAGAUCGUCUGUGACAAUGGAUCUCAGUUCAUAAGCGCUAAGACCAGACGUUUUUGUGAGAAGUACAAUAUCAAAUUGGAAACGUCGACACCUAGGUACCCGCAAUCUAAUGGACAGACCGAGUCUAGCGACAAAAUUAUCAUUGCCAUCUUAAAGAAGAGGCUUGAAAAGGCGCAAGGCAGGUGGGCUGACGAAUUGCCCUUGAUACUAUGGGCAGACAUGACAACUCCAAAAAAUGCAAUCGGACAAACCCCAUUCUCUCUGGUGUAUGGCUGCGAAGCGGUCAUUCCUGCUGAAAUUGAAGUACCUUCUUCAAGAUAUGGACUCAUGACUGUGGAGUUGAACAAUGUGGAGUUGACGCAUGACUUGGAUACCAUUGACGAGAUCCGUGAACGAGCCAAGAUUCGUUUGCAGACAUAUCAACAGAUGGUUGCAAAAAGCUAUAAUAAAAAUGUCCGGGCGAAGGUGUUCAAGAGGGGAGAUUGGGUCUUGAGGAGAGCAUUUGGUAAUGAAGCAGCCGAAAAAUUUAGUCCUAAUUGGGAAGGACCUUACAAAAUCAUUGACGUCGUUGGUCAGGGGGCAUACCGCCUGGAAUCAAUCGAUGGUAAACGAGUCCCUCGAAGUUGGAAUGCGGUACAUUUAAAACGUUUUCAUUUUUAACAAGAGUUCUUUUCUUUUCUGCAUCUCUAUCCCUAUUACUAAAUGAAGUAACUAACUUGACCGUCGGAGGGCCGUUGGCUUAAGGCCAACGACCGACCUUGACAAUAAUUGUAAAUACAGGAAGGCACACAAAAAUGGCAAAGUCACAGGUAAUUAGUUACGGUUCACGUAAUCUUGAAUAUAGUAAAUACAAUUCAUCGUUUACUAACUUGACCGUCGGAGGGCCGUUGGCCCUAAGCCAACGGCUGACCCGAACGGUACGGUAUCAUCGCAGGACUCUGACAGGUUAAGAUCUAAAUACCAGGUGACACAAAUGCCAGAACAACAGGUAGAACAUCCAGAUUUGCUCAUGACAAAACGUCAAUAUACAGGGGACAUGGGGCUCAUUAUGAAAAAACCAUGAAUGAAGUUCCAUGAAACCGAAUACGUUUUGGCCAAAACACACACACAUUUAUGACACAUCGCAUACACAUGACAUGUUGCACACAUAAACAUCAUGCAUGCAUACACAACAGAAUGCACAUAAGCAAAAGUAUGGUCCAAGCAAUAGCAAAAACAGUGACAGAUUCACAUAAUAGUAUGGACAGGGCUGGGCUAAACCGCCAAGCAUAAAGCCCAUGAGUAGCGCGAUAAGGCGUUAAGUCUCGGAUAAACCACCGGGAACCCUUAACACAAGUCGAAAAGUGUCAGAGUAAUUCAAAAGCAGGGAAUGUUUGGAAUCCAGCAAACUUAGAAAAAAGGGGAAGCAUGAUCAUCUGACCGAUAAACGUUAAGAAUCAGUCUCAUCGUCAGAAUGACCCACCUCGAAGCCGUCUUCUCCUACAGGAGGAUCCAUCUCUUCCCUCAGUUUAUGCCAUGUCGCCACAUCCCGUUCCAAUGACCGGUGUGUCAUUUCUCCUUUAAUGAAAGACGCCAUCAACUCACCCCUGGUCUUCCAAGCAUAAUAGCAAGCGGCGUCAAUUACUUCCUGUUUCUUUUUUCGACCAUAAGCCUCCAAGGAUUUGACUCUGGCGUUGAGCUGCAGAAUCUGGGCAGAUUGAGUAGAACUUUUGUCUUCCAACUCUUGAACUAACUUUGUAUUCUUAUCAAGUGUAGAUGCUAGGGAGAUCUCCUUUUGUUUCAGCUCAUCAACGGUUCUCUCUAGUAAAGAGACACGAGCGGCAGCGACAAGGCUCGCCUGAAUACUCUGAAGAAGACAAGACAAGUUAAUAGAGAAUAAAGGGAAGAAAGCUCACUAAGCAUGGUGAUUCGUCAGCACUUGAAACACAUAAGCGGAAGAUGCAGCAAUAACACCGGUAGGGGGCAAGCAGUCAAAAAUAGGAGCAGAGGAGGCCAAUUGAAAUUGAGCCAUUUCGUUUUUCAUGAUCAGAGCGUCCUUCAAAUCACAGAAUUUCGGGGAAAGUGACAAGUGCAUAACUUGUGGUGGCUUCGCCCAGGUAUCAACCCCAUGUUCCGCAUUGGGAGCAUUAAGAGUUGUGGCAGCAUCAUGCGUCGGGUAUUUGGGGACCUUUGGUGGAUUUGCUGACAAUUUAGAGGGCAUCCUUUUCCUCCUCGAUGCCAUAGCCAACAGCUCAUGAUCAGAAGGAACGGAACGGGAAGUGCUUGAUGAAGUAGCUAAACAAAUAAAGAGGAAUAGGAGUAAGGGGUACUCGAUCCGGCACUAAUAAAGAAAAACAUAGACCUCAGAUAGUACCUGCAAUAGGAGUGGAAUCUUGGGUGGGGGCACGGGAGUAUUCUUAGCAAUCGGAAAAACAACUUGUAAAGGGACGAAAGCGCUCAUGCCCUCGCCAUCAUCUUUGGAAACUUCAGAUCCUUGCCCUGAAUCUUCUACGGAAACGACAUGUGAAUUCUGAUUCAAAUCGUGUGCGGUAGGAGUGUGCCUACGAGAUCGCCU